AUGCAGUAUGAGCGCGCAAGCUGGGCUGACACACCCCUCUGGUUGCUGCUCACCCUUAAGGGUGUUGUUGCUGAUUUCCCUCUGCUGCUCUCCCUCACAGUCGCCCCAAACCCAAUGGCAUCUGUGCCGCACCUGUGCCCUGAGCCCGCUCUCUCCUCGCCCCCUCUCCCCUUCCUAUUUGCAUGUGCCAUGUUCUCCCUGUGCUGUUUCCCCUCCCAUCAUCCCCUCCUGGUCUGUCUCCCAGGCAUCUGUGCCCUGAGCCCGCUCUCUCCUCGCCCCCUCACCCCCUCCUCCUCCUGCUUCUGCGCCGUUCCUGCUGCUCCCCCUCGCCCCUCCCUCCUCUCCCUCACCUCACUAACUUCCUCCUCUUCUGCCUCUUCCUCCUCCUCCUCUGAUCAAGGCUCACUACUUCUAGUCGAUCUCAUCUCUCUCCAGGCCUUUGGCCAGGUGGGUUUGCUGCUCCCCCUCCCCGCCCCUCUCUCCCCUCCCUCCUCUCCCUUGCCUCGCUAA